GACUCCAGAGGGAAAGCACUUUGCACCACAGACAGAUAGCGAGAGAGAGGAGGGAGACAGGGACACACAGAGAGAGGGACAGAAAGUUUGUGUACAAAGACCUUAAAAAAAAAGUAGCGUUGCACCUGGUAACACUGGUGACACAGAAAGUAGAGGUCUGCUUAGUGCUUAAAUAGCUGAGAGACAAUGGGACAGGAGAGGAAAGUGAACGAUCUCUGCUUAAAUUUCAUAAUUGCAGGGAAGUAGAAGCACAGCUGCCUCUGUCUUUAACGGACUCAAAAGGGCUAUUGGAUAAGGGAAACAUUUUAGUCUCUGAAAAAGAAAAAGCUGCUCAGAGUUGAAUGAAUUUCAUGCUGAGUUAUGGUUUUGACCAGCCUGAGUAUAUUUAAUAAUUUCUGCUGCCGUUGAGAGAAGGAGGCGGGAGGUGGAGGGGGCUGAUGAGUUUUUUAAAAAUGCCUUUCAUUUUAUUUUAUCUUAUUUUUUAAAUGAGUGUUCAGGGCAAAAAAGGGAGCUGAAGGGAACCCGCUGGAGAGCAGCAGCAGGGAAGAUGGGUCUGUUAAGCGUGGAUUUGCUGAUCGCGCUUCAGAUCUUGCCGGUUUUUUUCUCCAAUUGCCUCUUUCUUGCACUCUACGACUCUGUGAUCCUCCUGAAGCACAUGGUGCUGCUCCUGAGUCGCUCUAAGGCGGCGCGUGGCGAGUGGCGAAGAAUGCUGACCUCGGAGGGACUACGCUGCGUCUGGAAUAGCUUCCUCCUAGAUGCCUACAAACAGGUGAAAUUGGGAGGAGAAGCCCCAAACUCCAAUGUGAUCCACAUAGCUAAUGGCAGCAGCAGCAGCAGUAGCAGAAGGAAAAGUGUUGGCGGAAAAUAUGGAACCAAGUGCCACCUCCUGGACUUUGCCAAUUCAGAGCGCCCGCUGGUGGUUAACUUUGGUUCAGCCACCUGACCCCCAUUCACGAGCCAGCUGUCGGCCUUCGGCAAGCUGGUGGAGGAGUUCUCAGGUGUUGCCGAUUUCCUGUUGGUCUACAUCGAUGAGGCUCACCCAUCGGAUGGCUGGGCUGCCCCUGGGAUCUCUCCCUCCUCAUUUGAGGUGAGGAAGCACAGGAACCAGGAAGACCGAUGUGCUGCUGCUCACCAGCUCCUGGAGCGAUUUUCCUUGCCAUCCCAGUGCCAAGUGGUAGCUGACUGCAUGGACAAUAAUGCCAACGUGGCCUAUGGGGUCUCCUUCGAACGAGUGUGCAUCGUGCAGAGACAGAAAAUUGCCUACCUGGGGGGCAAGGGCCCCUUUUUCUACAACCUCCAGGAAGUCCGGCUUUGGCUGGAGCAAAACUUCAGCAAGAGAUGAAAUCCAGCCUAAGAUGAACAAAGUGUGUCAAGAGCCUUGUCCCUUUAAAGUGAUAAAAAAGG